AUGUUAAAGGUCUCUAAAGGUAUCUGUACACCCUUGUCUAGGCUACUUUUAAUGCGUACACAUGUGAGAUCAAGAUCUUAUGGUACAGUCAUCCAAGGCUCUAAAUACACACCAGAAUAUACUCAAUAUCUUACACUCUCCAAUGGGGAAGUUGGAUCUUAUUUUCAUGACAUACCUUAUGAGCUUGAUUUUAAUUCACGUACUGUCAAUAUGGUCGUCGAAAUUCCUCGUUGGUCUAACGGGAAGUUCGAGAUAUCUAGGAACAAGGAGUUCAACCCCAUAACGCAAGAUGUGAAAAACGGCAAAGUUAGGUUUGUCAACAACAUUUUCCCAUUCCAUGGAUAUAUAACCAAUUAUGGAGCAAUACCUCAGACUUGGGAAGAUCCAACAGUUGAGUCGAGGGAAGAAGGCUUGAAAGGGUUAAAAGGCGAUAAUGAUCCGCUCGACUGCUGUGAGAUUGGAUCAAAGGUAUUGGCCAUGGGCGAUAUCAAGAAAGUUAAGGUACUAGGCUCCCUGGCACUAAUUGAUGAGGAUGAACUAGACUGGAAAAUAAUAGUUAUUGAUUUGGAGGACCCCAUGUGUGAUAAAGUUAACAGUAUACACGAUGUGGAGGAGCAUUUUCCCGGUCUCCUAGAAGCUACAAGAAAAUGGUUUCGUGACUAUAAAAUUCCAACUGGUAAGUCUGCUAACAAAUUUGCAUUUGGUGGCAACUUUAAAGAUGCAGAGGAGACCAUGUCUAUUAUAAAGGGAUGCCAUUCUUCUUGGAAGAAACUUUUCGAGCAGCAAUAUGGCAAUCAUAUAUCCUUACCUGCAAUAAAGCGCGCUGGCUCAGGUGUAAUCCACAAAUCAAGUGUAGUCGAAGAUGGUAAACUCCCAUCAGAAGUCGCCAAGUGGUAUUACGUUUAG